GGUCGGCAUCGGAUGUGUAUGUUGGGUGUGUUUUCGGUGCGAUAUAUUUAUUCCAACUCCGGAUCCAAACUCCCAUUUAUGCUGGCAGUUUCUCGGUACCGACAAAAUCUGCCAAAACUGGUACUGGCUGACUGACUGCUGGUCCGUGUGAACAGAGUGUACACAAACACACGUACGAACCCAUGCACAGCAUGUUUGCGCGACUUGCUGUUUGUUGUGUAUAAACCGGGCGAGAGGACAAACACUGCGUUUUCGUGUCCCCGGGUUUUGACCUGGCGGAUAUAUUUCGUAUUUCGGUUGUUCUCUGAGUCCGCUUGUUGCAGGCGGGCGGUUUUCUCGUGUUUUGGCGUUUCCUGUGGUUUUGAUGAUCUCAGCAUUCGACGAACGCCACAACGCCACGGGUCGUCGCGAGUGCUAUCGACAGUGCGAAGACAGCGGCGCGAUGCGCGUGAAGCUAGCGGUUUGAUGUGGCCAACGGGCGGAAAAGAAUUUCUGCAGAUGGAUGAAAUGCACCAAGUUUAAGUGAACGGGGAGCUCUCACGACGCGUAUAAGCGAUACCUAUAAGUGGCACCAAAACAGAGCCGCGCAGUUGUGGUGAAGGUGCAACCAGAAACUACGGAGUGAAGCAAAUAAGAGUUUCAAAUUCGAAGGAAAUAAAGCGAGAAAAAAAGUUAAAGUGAUAGUGGCCCCUUCGGGAAGAAACACUGUGUGCACGGAAGAUAUGAAGUGUUGUUUCAAGAUUUUCCGUUCAAGCCCUUCACAACGAUAUUCGAACAGCAGCAGCUAGGAAGCGUCGGGUCGAGCCUUCGUCCCCACAGUUGUUGCGUCCUGCGCGUUUGGUUGGUCGGAAAAAUUGGUAUUCUAAACGCGUUCUGUGAAUAAUUACUUCCGCUCUUACUGUACCACACACACGUAACAUCAUAGCAGCGAAAAUCAUCGACAUCGAGAAGAGCCACUGGUUUAUUGAGCCAGAAGAAGUUGCGGUGGCAACGAGAAAAAAAAAGUUCUUUCAUGAAUAAAUAGUAGUGCCGUGCGUUUGGGAAAACAAAGCGGGAGUGCUGCUUCCCACCCACAUAGUAUAUGCAUAUGUAGAUGUGGGGGAGAGCGCGUGUAUAGGGUACUGAAUAAGUAUGUCGAUACCGGAGCAUCAAUUAUAGAUUCCCAUUGUGUGAAACCGAAGGCCGGGAAAGAGGAUAGCAGAGAAAAAAUAUAUUCGAUUUGCCAAAGCGGGAGAAGAGUGGGCAAAAAAAAAGACAUAAGAGUAUGUAAAUUAUACCUAAGCAAAAAAAAAGUUAGUUGUUUCUGUUUUAUUUCGCUUCUGUGUAUCUCCGAUGUAUGAGCCAUCGUGGGGAGGAGUAUGCUAUAAAGGUGAAUUUAUGAAUCUCUUGGGGAUUUCCAUUGGAAAUUGAAUAUUUUCGCUCAGAAUUGCAUGUUAUUUUGCCUCCCAUCCCCUGGGGGAGAGGUAGUUGGCGAACGGCAAAUUUGCUGGGGAGAUAGGUGAAAAUAUAGUUCCUCAUAGACAAAUGGGUACCCGAGGGGCGAUGAUGAGCUCGCUGGAUACGGUGCUGGGAUCGGUUGCACUGCUCCUGGUAGUGCUACUGCUGGAUGGAGCCCGGUGUGACUAUGAGAAUACCUGGAACUUUUACUACGAGCAGCCCUGCUGCGGAACCACCAACACACAUCACCUGCGGCAUCACAGGGACCAUGUGCGAGAAUUCCAGUGCGGGAAGUUUUACUACCGAACGUUCUACCUGGACGAGGACCGGGAUGCCCUCUACGUUGGAGCGAUGGAUCGCGUCUUCAGGUUAAAUCUGAAAAACAUCAGCAUGACAUCUUGUGAGCGAGAUGCCAUCGUCCUGGAUCCAUCCAGCUCGGAUAUACGAAACUGCGUAUCAAAAGGCAAGAGUGAGAUGUUCGACUGCAAGAACCACAUACGAGUGAUUCAACCGAUGGACAGCGGGAACCGAUUAUACAUUUGCGGUACCAAUGCGCACAACCCAAAGGAUGUGGUGAUCUACUCCAACCUCACUCAUCUAUCACGGACGGAAUUCGUGCCCGGGAUUGGGCUCGGUAUCGCCAAGUGCCCAUACGACCCGCUGGAUAACUCGACGGCCAUCUACGUGCACCAUGGCAAUCCCGGAGAUUUACCCGCGCUGUACUCCGGCACCAAUGCGGAAUUCACCAAAGCCGACACGGUGAUAUUCCGGACCGAUCUGUACAACAUGACGACCGGCAAGAAAGUGUUCAACUUUAAGCGCACCUUGAAAUACGACUCCAAGUGGCUGGAUAAACCCAACUUCGUAGGCUCAUUCGACAUCGGUGAGUACGUGUACUUCUUCUUCCGGGAGACCGCCGUCGAGUACAUCAACUGCGGAAAGGCCGUCUAUUCGCGGAUCGCCCGGGUCUGCAAGAAAGACACCGGCGGGAAGAACAUCCUCAACCAGAACUGGGCCACCUAUCUGAAGGCUCGCAUCAACUGCAGCAUCUCCGGCGAGUUUCCGUUCUACUUCAAUGAGAUCCAGGAUGUGUACCAAUUGCCGUCGGACAAGAGCAAAUUCUAUGCCACGUUCACCACCAGCACCAAUGGGCUCGUGGGCUCGGCGGUGUGUAGCUUUGACAUAGGCGAGGUGCACGGGGCAUUCGCAGGCAAAUUCAAGGAGCAGGCCACAUCCAAUUCCGCCUGGCUUCCGGUGCUGAACUCGAAGAUUCCGGACCCGCGGCCGGGCACGUGCGUCAACGAUACAUCGGCACUUCCGGACUCGGUGCUGAACUUCAUCCGCUCCCACCCGCUCAUGGACAGGGCCGUUAAUCACGAGCACAACAAUCCGGUCUUCUACAAGCGGGACCUCGUCUUCACCAAGCUGGUCGUUGACAAAAUCAAAAUCGAUAUUCUCAACCAGGAGUACACGGUGUACUACGUCGGUACCAACGCGGGUCGCAUCUACAAGAUUGUCCACUAUCUCUCGAACGGAGAGUCCAAGUCCAAACUGCUGGACAUCUUCGAAAUCGCCCAGAACGAACCGAUCCAGGUGAUGCAAAUCAGCCAGUCCCGCAAAUCGCUUUACGUCGCCACCGACUAUCGCGUCAAGCAGGUCGACCUGGCGAUGUGCAAUCGACGGUACGACAGCUGCUACCGGUGCGUUAAGGAUCCGUACUGCGGUUGGGAUAAAGAUUCGAGCACGUGCAAACCGUACGAGCUGGGACUGUUACAGGACGUUGGUAACGAGACGUACGACAUCUGCGAUACGAGUGUUCUGAAGAAGAAAAUCAUCGUCACAUACGGUCAGAGUGUUCAUUUGGGUUGCUUCGUGAAAGUUCCGGAGAUAUUGAAGGAUCAAUCGGUCACCUGGUAUCAUCACUCGAAGGAAAAGGGACGCUACGAGAUCAAGUACAAUCCGACAAAAUAUAUCGAGACUACGGAGCGUGGUUUGGUUGUGAUUUCGGUGAACGAAGCGGACGGCGGUCGGUACGAUUGUCACCUUGGGGGGUCACUUCUCUGCAGUUACAACAUAACAGUGGAUGCUCACAGAUGUACACCACCGAAUAAGAGCAACGACUACCAGAAGAUCUAUUCCGACUGGUGCCACGAGUUCGAGAAGUACAAAUCGGCGAUGAAGACCUGGGAGAAGAAACAAGCACAAUGUUCAUCCAAGCAAAACUACAGCAAUCAACAUCCUAACGAUGUUUUCCAACGCAAUCCCAACGUCUGAUAUCAAGGACCAAACAUUGACACUUCAACAUCGAAUAGCUUGUCCACUACCUUUGGUAGGGUACUACAAUCAACUAAAUGAACUGUGAUACCCUUAAUGAUCCAAUAUUAAGAAACAAGAGAAAAAGAAUGAAAACAAAAUGAAACAACAAAAAAAACACACAAACAAAAAAAUAGAUUGAAGCGCUGACGAGUGGUGGCAGCAAAGGGAGCUGUGCUGCAAAAUAAAACAUGGAGCUUGCCACACAAUCGGUGAUACACACUGCGGUUGCGUUUGAUGAAAUGAAUGUAAUAGAGUCAGCAGCGGCAAAAUCUCGUGUAUCCAGAGAAGAACUUCGAUUUUCUAUUUGAAAAACCGCAGCAACAGCAGCAGCAGAAUAUUAGAGGAAAAUAAAAAAAAACAAAUAAAACAUAACACAUUAUUAGCCAAUUCCAACGAGCUUGCGCAAGAUCAUCAUACCCCGGAGUAAAACUGUACAGGUUGUCAUUUUUUCAUCUCUAUCUGGACGUCAGUAGAGCAACGCGUAGCGUUUCAAGGUUGUAGAAUGCCUCUUUUCUCCCCCCUGACUUUCCAAAUGUAAAUAAUCCUACUGAAAAAUGCACCGCUCGAGAGACAGCCGUAAUUGCAGAGAACCACACCUGGAAAAAUAGUCAUGAAACGUUUCACCCUCUCUCUCUCUGUCACCCACCCCAAAUGGAGAGAGCGCGGAAGGGAUAGUUUAGUUUUCAUUUAUUUUUUUAAAACUAACAAACAAACCUAGGUAAGUAUUAGAUAACAAACAACUAGCAUUUUAUCACAGAAAAGCAAUUCAAAUGCCACGAACAUCAAACCACACGAGUUCAUAGUGAGCGAGCAAAAUAAAACAUAAGACAAAUCAAUCUGCGAGAGACAAAAAAAAAGAAAGAGUUAUUACACCUGAGACAAACCUAUAACCAGCGGACGGUGGGAAAAGCUAGACACAAGAAGAAAAGAAACAAACAAAAAAAAUCUCUAUAUAGCCCAUUCAUCUCCCUAUAGCCAUUUUCAUCUCCCACCCCUACUCUUCAAACUAUACGACAAUUGAAAUGAAAAAAAACAUAAUCGAAGCAGAAAAAAGCGCGUAUACACGUAACAUGCUUCGAUAAUCUCUCCCAUCUCCCUGAUAGCAAUAACCCCUUACGCAUAGAUUCUCUCUCUUCAAUUUCAUAGAAAUGAUAACACAAACACACACACACACACACACACACACACACACACACACACACACACAUCGAGCGAAUGUAUGUAAGUGUAAAAGUGCGUGCUGUUAGAGUUUAGGGUAGCCGCCUGGAAGGAAAGGAAUAGGACACGAUUUUUUUUUACAAAAAACACAGAGUCAACAACGGGCAAAACAGACAAAAAAUGGUGAAAGGUUUGUUUUAGUGACCGAUGCAAUACCCGCUGACAUAUCACCGGAGCCGGAAGUAACGAAACAGAAAUCGACAAGCAAGAAACAAAAAAAAACAUGAAUGUUCGAAGGUAUAGUGUUAUUAGGAAUGAAUACGGUAGAAUGUAGAGUGAAAUGCCCAAAAGAAGCAAAAACAGAAACACGGAAGAAGCGUUGUGAAGACCAGAAAGAGUAAACGCCGAAAGUUGUACAUAAAGAAAAGUAUUACAUUUAGCACUAAGUUUUUAUUAGAAGUUUAAGACUGAGAAGUAAAAAAAAAACAAUGUUUAAUUUGAUUUCUUAUAAUUGCUUUUUGUACGUGAAUCUAAUAUGACAAUAAUUGUCAACCCGAAAAUAAAAAAAAAAAUAAAA